AUGGUGGAUGACGUAUGGGAAACCGAUGUUUGGAAUCAUCUCACAAGAUGUUUUCCUAAAAGUCUUGGAGGUGCAGUAUUGGUAACCUCUCGGCUAAAAGAGAUUGCAGACUACACUACAUCAAGUAACAAGAAUCUUCAUAACUUGCAUGUUCUCGAUUCUAAUGAAAGUUGGGAACUAUUUUGCAGUCACAUUUUCUUGAAACAACCCUUGCGCUCUAAAUUCAAGACAAUUCGAAGGAAUAUUGUUGAAAAGUGUGGGGGGCUACCCUUGGCAAUUGUUGUACCUGCUGGACUUAUAUCCCGACUCAGCAAAGUUAAACAAUUGGAAAAUAUUGAGGAAGAAAUGAACUAUCUUGCUAGUACAGAUAUUGGUGAACAAUGUUCACGAAUUCUUAUUGUAAGUUACAACCAUUUACCUCAGCAUUUGAAAGCUUGCUUUUUAUAUUUAGGAGUUUUCUCAGGCCAUAAUGAAAUUCCAGUUAAAAAGCUUGUUAGGUUAUGGAUUGUCGAGGGGUUUGUGAAGAAGUCAGUGGGGGAUAAGGAAUUGGAAGAAGUGGGUGUUGGGUAUUUACAAGAUCUUAUUAGUAAAAGCCUUGUCCAAAUUGAUAAGCUUAAAUGUGAUGGCCAAAUCAAGACAUGUAGGAUGCAUCAUCUCCUGCGCGUACUUUGUGUGAGACAAGCAAGAAACGAAAAACUUUUGUAUGUUGAAGACGAUGGUUUUGAUAUGUGCAACAUUAUUAGUUCUAAAAAAGCCUGUGGUAUUCGGGGUUGGCUAGGUUUUAGAUCAUCGUCAAAGCCUGAGCCUUUUGAUAUGUGCAGCAGUUCCAAAAAAGCCGGUGGUACUUGUCGUUGGCUAAGUUUUAGAUCAUCAAAUUUAAAGUCUGAACAUUUUGAUUUUUGCAACAGUAAAGCCCGCUCCAUUUUGUGUUUGCAUAAAGAUGAAAUAAUGCCAAUGGUCAAUGAUCCAAAGCCUCUAAACUUCAGCUUGUUAAUAGUUCUAGAUUUGACUUCUCCCUUGUACAACAAGGGAGUCCAUUUGUCCGCCCGAGAUCAUCUAUCCAAUAUGGUUCUUCUAAGAUACCUAGCUUUUGAGAUGGAUAGGUCUCUUGGCUUCCAGGGUCUCAAGAAUCUACUGUCUAAAAAUAAAAAAUUGCGAACACUUAUGGUUUCACAUAGUGCCCCUCACUGGCAAGUGUAUUCUUCUCAUUUGCCAUCCACAAUUUGGGGAUCACCACAGUUAAGGCAUCUUGAGUUUAGAAACUUCUUUAGAGUGGAGCCUCCAGGCAUAGUGAAAGAGGACUUGCAAGUUGGUAUUGGUUGA